AUGGAGUCUUCUGAGUUUGAAGCGUUCGCAGAUAGUGAUAUGUCAGACCAUUUUCGGAUUAAGAAGCUUUCAGUUUUUGCGCGGGAGACCAAAGAUUAUGGGUUUCUCCACGAAAAAGCGUUCAUCAAAGCGUCUUCAAUUGUGACCGAUAUCAUGUUAGAGCAUGACAUGCACAGAGAUGAAGAAAUAUUUGACUGGGCCUGUUUGCCAUUGUUGCCCCUGGUCCGGGAGUGCAUCCGAGAGAUAUCCGUCAAAUCCAGGCUAAUUGAUCCUAACGUUCCACCUUUACCUUCUAACUUGCGCAGACUUGAAAUUAUUCAUUCUGGUACAUAUAUUCCCGAUAAAGGUGCUCCACCGAUUCAGUUUCCACCUAGCCUCCAAGAGUUUAUCUUUCACAGACCCUGGGGACCGAUAUCAGUGUAUGCUGGCCUCCCUUCAACUUUACAAAAAUUGGAGCUCGUGGGGGUUUUGAACUUCUCUAUUGAGAGUUUCAAUGGGCUAAAGUUACCCCAUUUGAAGGAUUUGCGAUUGGUAGACAUCUCUAUUGAAGGUUUCAAUGAGUUAAGGUUGCCCAAUUUGAAAUUUUUGGAAUUGUUAGAUAUUGCUGGCGUGACGGAGAUCAACAAGCUGUUUGAGUUUCCCUCGCUGUUGGAAACCUUAGCCCUAGAGUGGCUGAAUCUGUGCCUGUGGGAACUGAACUUUCAUAGUUUCGAGCAACGGCAAUUGCCUCUGGCAUUGCAGAAAUUAUCCAUCACCAUGUGUCCGUUGAAGAAGUUUCGUGUGGAUACCUUUUCAAAUUGCUUUAAAGACUUGAUAUUACACGAUACGGAAAUUCCAUCGUCCGAAAUCUGCAUGCUCAAGUUCCCUUCGAGCUUGGUUUCCUUACUGGUCAGGGAUUCCUGGUUAACAUCACUAGACUUCGUCAGCUCACUACCUGGGUCUUUAGAAAUCCUCAACCUCAGCCGUAAUUCCCUUGGCUAUUUAAGCCCAACCGAUGCAGACACUGCCAGAUCAUGCCGAAUCAGGUUUCCCGAGAGUCUCCAGGUCCUUAAUCUUGCGCAGAAUGGCUCGUUAUUUACCCUGUACUCGCUAAGUAACGUUGUAUUACCUCCAAGUUUGACGGAUUUGAAUCUCACGAGAACAAAUAUGAGUUCAGUGGAGGGAUUGAAAAACCUUCCGUUUCUUCGAUUUCUCAGCCUUGAGCUCAAUAAUUUGGUCUCUGUCGAGGGGCUUGGUAUUCCAUCAACAUUGAUCUAUUUAAACUUGAGCCGUAACAAUUUGGUCUCAGUUGAGGAGCUCGAUAUUCCGCCAACGUUGACCUGUUUAGACUUGAGAGUCAAUAACCUCCAGCUGUUUUCAAAGAAACUACCUGACAGCGUUACAUGUAUCGACCUUGAGUAUAACCGGUUGAGAGAAUUGGUGAAUUUCCGCAUUCCGGUGAAUUGCAUCACUCUUAAGCUCUCGGCAAAUCCCCUCCAAAAGCUUCAAAUCACCAACGCCUACGAUCCAAAUUUGAAACUCCGGGAUCUCAGGUUGAACAAUGUUGCGAUUACCACUCUCCGUGACGUAUCUCCCCUCCCACAAUGCCUCACCCGCUUCGAGAUAAGCUGCUCACACGUAUUCUCCUUGUCGGAAGUCUCGUUACCUAUGAGAUUGAACCACCUCGAAGCCACCAAUAACAUGAUAACGUCGUUGGAAAAUGUCGAGUUUCCACCACGCUUGGAAACGUUACGUCUCCGGAAAAAUCAAAUAUCCAGCUUGGCUAAUGUCCAUUUUCCGGACGGUCUACUUACUUUGGAGCUUGGUGAUAACAAGAUAACAUCAUUAGACAAUGUCAAAUUCCCGCCACUCUUAGAAACGUUGCAUCUCUGGAAAAACCAAAUAUCUAGUUUGGUCAAUGCCUAUUUUCCAGACAGCUUACUUGCGUUAGACCUUAAUGCUAACAACCUUACAUCAAUUGAUACCAUCCAGUUCCCCCCCAGAUUGAACGUAUUGAACCUUGGGAAAAACCUAAUUAGUGCGGUUAACGAAUUGCAUCUACCGGACUCUCUCGAAAUGUUGACCUUGGCGAACCAAAAGUAUGAUACUUUGCUUAACCGUGCUUCCACGCGUGAAAAGCUUCCAGAGGAAUCCUACACUUCCGAACGGAAAGGCUUAACCUAUCUCGCAGGGUUAUCCAAACUCCCCUCAAAGUUACAUCGUUUGGAACUAUUCCACAACGGUUUGUCAGAGCAGGCCAUCCAACACUUAGACUUCCCUGCCAGUUUGAAAAGGCUAAUUAUACAUAGCAACGCGUUUGAAAACUACUAUGGGUGGAAAGAAGGAAUUAGGUUGGCAUAUCCGGGGGUGAAGCUUGAUUGGGGAAUGUAG